AUGUGUGUAUGUAUAUAUUUCGACCUGUUCUCAUUUCCUGCCGUGUGCGGCGUUGGGGAGCUGAUCCGGCAGCUGAAGAGGAAGAAAGGAGGUCUCUUGCUAGAGCCAGGUGAAAAAGAGGAAGAAAAGGCUCAGCAAAAUGAAGAGGAAGAAGGAGUGGAUAACUUAAAGCAGGCCGAAAGAGACAGAGAAGAAGAAGAAGAAAAAAAGAAAGAGGAUGCUCUUUGGGCCAGUUUCCUUAGUGACGUGGGACAGAAACCUAAAGCGUUGGCUGCCACACAAGUGACGCAGACUAGCAAGGCUGAAGAAAAGAAUGUGAACAAGCUUCAGGAGAAAUCAAAAGAGUCUGAGAAGCCAAAAGAUGCAGGAAAACUGACAAUCACCAAAGUGUUUGAUUUUGCGGGUGAAGAAGUCAGAGUGACUAAGGAAGUGGAUGCAACCUCAAAAGAAGCUAAAUCUUUUCUGAAGCAGCAAGAGAAAAUACAGUCAGGAGCUCCAGCUUCCCUCCCAACAGUCUCUGGGGUGAAGAGGCCAAGUGGUAUGAGCAGCCUCCUGGGAAAGAUUGCCUCCAAAAAGCAGAAGAUGAGCACGCUAGAGAAAUCCAAACUGGACUGGGAGAACUUCAAGGAGGAGGAGGGCAUUGGGGAGGAGCUGGCAAUCCAUAACCGAGGGAAAGACGGGUAAGAGAGACUUUGUCUGAUAAUAGUC